AUGAAUGCCUCUGCGCUAUAUAUGUCGAAGUUGUCGGAUACGGAGGCACGCAUCAGUCACAAGUGGUUCUCCGCGGCUCUUCAGCACCACUCCGCAACGAUUGAAGAGUAUGAAUCUUGCUAUCGCUGUCUCGUGGCUGAGGGCAAAGUUGCUGAUAUACAUAUAGUCAUUCCGAGAUUUGAGCCCACAGCGGAACCUGAGUUUGACCAGCUGUUAGCCGAUGUCCGGCAGAAGAUUUUCAUGCCCGCCGCCCUUUCCCAACAACAUCAACAGCUCAUCUACAAAAGACGUCAUUUUGAACUGCUAAACAAGGACCCUGGAGUUACAGUCACCAUGGACGACGGGGAAGAGAUCAGGCUCCGAACCACCAACGCAUUUGAGAAGCCCUCACGCAGUCUCUAUCUGAGACAAUUUUUAUCACAACUCGAAGAAGGAAAAUCGAACUGGAACAACGUGCUUCCAUUUCUCCAAGGCUUGGUCAUGGCCAGAGCUCUGCCGCCCGAUUACUACUGGGCACAGUUGACCCGGAAAGCCGGCGAGGCAGGAAAAGAGGGUGUUUUACUGGACUGCGCCAAUUCAGCAGAGAAGACAGAAUUCAGAUUAUGCAGACCGGGAGUUGCGCGCGAGCUGUUUAUCGCGUUCCACCAACGCGCGGCCGCGGACGGAUUCAAAGAUGCGACACUGGAAAAAGUAUGGACUCGUGCUCACCAUGUCGCUCUCAUGCUCGAAGCCCCAGAACACAGACCACGUAACUCUUUGAAAGGCCCAAGGCCGAUGGACCACACUGAUGCGCGGUCCGAGCCUACUGUGCUUGCGACGCUUCUGGAAUUGAGUUCGCAUAUGGCUCUGGAACAUCAAACUCAGACUCUUAAGACAAAGGCAGCAAGCUAUGCAAGCAAGCUGGCGAUCGUCAUUCAGGACCCGCCUCCGUCUCGACCCGAAGCGUCAAAGGACAGCAAACACGCCGAGAUGAGGAAGAUGGCAUUCAUGUCUGAGGAUAUGGAAACAGGAGUUAUCAUUGGAGAAGCAAUCAGGACAGCCUUGAAGCUUGACGCGAUUAAGGGCGAUGACAAGGCGACUCUGAAGGACCACCUACCAACGCUCAACAAGAAGUUAAAUGUGCAAGCCAAAAUUCUUCGUACAGAAGUGGAAUCUCGUGGACCAGGGCGUCUACCGACCAGGCGGGCAUUGCUGAUGUACGAUCAAUUACAUUCAUAG